GUGACAUCUGGGAUCGACUGACCUGGUCUUACUCAUUACCAGCCUAUUGUGCAGCAAUGGCAGGAGUCGAGGAUACACAAGCUCCUCAGGUUGAUGUUUCCACACCCAGUAGCGUGACAGCUGAAGGAUAUGAUAAGAAAUGCAUUUUCUGCAAAAUUGUAAACAAGGAAGUGGACACGGAGCUUCUUCAUCGUGAUGAGGAAAUCUCAUGUUUCUCUGACAUCAGGCCUGGAGCUCCCUACCAUUACCUUGUUGUACCAACAAAACAUGUGGGCAACUGUAAAUCACUCAAUAAAGAACAUGUACCUUUAGUGAAGAGGAUGGUUGAGACUGGGAAAGAGAUGCUGCAGAAGAACAAUGUAACAGAUCUCAAUGAUGUCAGGUUUGGUUUCCACUGGCCUCCAUUUUGUUCGGUCACACACUUGCAUCUUCACGUUUUGGCUCCUGCCAGUCAAAUGAGCUUCAUGUCCCGGCUUUUCUACAGACUUAACUCCUAUUGGUUUAUUACGGCAGACCAGCUGAUUGACCUUCUCAACUCUAAAGCAGAUACCAACUGAUCACUGUGAUCCAAUUCAUGCAGUGCUUUCAUGAAGUAAUCAAACACUGCAUUCAUGUCAGGUUGGAUGGAAGCAUAAAAUGUAUAUUGAGGGUUUCGUUGGCUGUAAAUACUGUAGGAACACUUGGAUUUUUAGUUUUACAAUGAAGACAUUGCUUCAAAGUUUGGUUUCUUAUUGCUGGAAAAAUAACACACAGAAGUAUUAAAACCUGAUGUUAAAAACAACUAAUUAAACCUACAUGUAUGUUCAUUCACCAAAUACAUUAACUGCCAAAGAAAGUACUAAACACACAUAGCCUCUUCCUGUUAAUAGAAAGGUAGAGUUGAACAACAGUUUUAAUGUGGCACAAGUGUGAUUUUUAUUGUCAAUGUGAAAAUAAACCCAAUGUGCCACAGCCUUUGACAUUUGACAGCAGAGUAUGCCACAAGUUCCUUAGUUUGAGUAGAAAGCAUUUGGAGGUAUAGCUUACGUGGAUCAUCAACUAUUUAAAGGGUUGUUUUACAGAGGAAGCACUAUGGUACUCACUUACAAUGUAGUGCUCCUAAGGGGCUCAACAAGCACUGAAGUACAGGAAGUUAUUUGCACAGUGAUGCUUUGUGAUUAUCCUAUACAAAGUAUUUAACAAUCAAACUGAAUUGUGUUGGAAUUAAAUACUAUUAUACUGUAUACUGUACAAAUGGAAUGUAAUAAAAUUAUAUAAUGCUAUAUGUACUGUAUAUGCAUUUAAAUGCACAAAAAUAGAGAUUUCAAAUAAAUAAUAUAUUGGCUCUUCUCUA